AUGAUAACAGAAAUUGCGAAACAAAUAAAAACCCUAAAAAACUACAAGGCGCCCGGUGAAGACGGGAUUACCGGAGAGCUACUUAAAACAGGUGCGGAGAAUCUUGUUAAAUAUAUUCACCGUUUAAUAAGUUUAAUAUGGCAAAAAAAAGAGAUACCAAAGAAAUGGAAAACAGCCUUAGUCUAUCCCAUCCACAAGAAAGGAGACAAACAAACAUGCAACAAUUAUAGAGGGAUUGCCUUGCUUAAUGUAACGUAUAAGAUUUUAUCUUACUGUAUACUUGACAGAAUCAAACCUUGGGCAGAAGAGAUUAUAGGAGACCAGGCCGGUUUCAGGCAAAACCGCUCCACGAUAGAUCAAAUCUUCAUUCUAUGUCAGGUGUUACAAAAACUUGGGAGUAUGACAAAAGCGUACAAAAUAUGGUUUUUAUUGAUUACAAAAAAGCAUAUAAUUCAAUGUAUAGAGCGUCUCUAAUCAAGACUUUAGAAGAGUUCGGAAUGCCUAGCAAGUUAAUAAGCCUCGUCGAGUGCAAUAUAGUCACACCGACAUAAAGGUAAAAGUAGGAUAAACCUUAUCGAAAACGGUUCAAGUGACAACUGGACUAUGGCAGGGUGACGCCAUAUCACCGGUUAAAUUCAACAUAGUAUUAGAAAAAGUAGUUAGAGAAGCAGUCUUAGAUAAGGAAGGAGUAAAACUAGGAGAAAAUAACAUUGGAAUAUUAGCAUAUGCAGACGAUAUAGUGUUGAUGGCAGAAAGCAAAGAUAAACUUAAACAACAAUCAAAACAACUCAUAAAUGCUGCUAAACGUGUAGGCCUAGAAAUUAACGCUGAGAAAACUGAGUAUAUGGUUGUGCAAAGACAUGAACAAAUAGGCUGCCGUAACGAGGUCCUAGAAGUCGAAAACUACAAAUUCAAAAGAAUGCAGCAGUUCAAAUACCUUGGCACACUAAUUACACAGCAGAAUGAAAUAGGUACGGAAAUAAAAGCAAGAAUACAAGCUGCCAAUAAAUGCUAUUUUGGCCUGAAAAAGCUAUUAAAAUCUAGAGUAAUCUCGAAGAAUCUGAAAUCCCAAAUAUACCGGACACUUAUCAAGCCAGUGGUGACAUAUGGGUCGGAAACUUGGACCAUGACGAAAAAAGACGAAAAUGCUCUUUUAGUGUUUGAAAGAAAGGUACUGAGGAAAAUCUAUGGACCACGUAUAGACGAACCUACAGGUGAAUGGAGAAUACGGAAAAACAAGGAACUUCAGAAUUUGUAUCAAAGACCAAAUAUUAAAGAAGAUAUCACCAAAAGAAGACUGAAGUGGGCAGGACAAUCUUGGAGAAAAACAGGGUCAUUGAUAAAAAUAGUACAAGCGAAUGCACCGAAAGGAAAACGACCACUUGGAAGGCCGAGGUUACACUGGGAAAAUAAAAUCAAAGAAGACAUAGAGAAAGUGAGACCAGGAUUGGAUUGGAAGGAGUUAGCCUUAGAUAGGGAAACAUGGAGACGAAUCUGUUGA